AAUAACAGAAAACACGAAAACACCAAAAACAAGAUCCACAGCAACAGCAACAGCAGCGGUGGCGGUGACGACGAUUCCAACCGGGCGAUUGCGGUGGUUGCAGCAGCAACAGCGCGAGAAUCUGACCACCCGACAUAUAUUCCAUGGACAAGGCCACUUCCGGUGAUGCUCUUCCCUCCGCUCCAACGACAAGAAAAGCGACAACGAAAGGCUCCGUUCCGGCUACUGGUGCCUCCGCCGGCGGCACGGCGGUGAUUCGCAAUCCGUACGCCCGGUCGCAGAGGGGUUCCCGGGGCGGUAGCGGGACCGCGGGCACUGGUGUGGGCGGGGUUGCGGGUACGCCGACGGACCCCCCGGCCCUUUUCCAUCCAAGCGAUGCCGGUGCCAGGGCAAACGGCACGAAACACGACGGCGGCGACGGCGGCGGCAACAAUGGUGGUUCCCAAACAACAGCGCUUGAUUCGAAACCAAGGGAACCGCACGCGCUAGCCACAGCCGGGAUCGGUUCUGCGCUUCCGGAACGCGUCGUUCGCGGUGCUGCGUCGUCUGACUCGGAACCCCCACGGCAACGGAAACAACAGCAACACCAAAAGCAACAACGAAAAGAACCAUCGCAGGACCUGGCCUUUUGGGAACGCCUUCCCACGCAAACCAUUUCCCUGCGACCGGCCGAGGUCUUGACAGUCAACGAAUGCCUUCGUUGUGGGAACACCAGCGGUAGAGACAACGAUAAAGACAUCCUCUGCCGCAACGGGAAACGAAAGCAGCCAUGGCACGUCGAUCCACGCCAAAACCACCGCGGUGGGCAGAACCAGAGAGACCGGGAUUCGUCCCCGCUCCGGCCUCCCCCGUCGUCCUCCCCGGCCCGCUACAACAUUGCGAAACUCUAUUGCGACCAAGGUCGGCCGGUUCGGGUCACGGGAAUCGUGGAGAGCCGUUCCUUUGUCCCUCUCUCGGCGAACGUCGAUGCCAGAGGAAACCCUUGCGCCGGUGCAAGCCUCGUCGUCGACGACGAAACCAUGCUGGUCGAGCUGAAUCUCAGGGACCCCCUUCCCCAGAGGGCUUCCGAGUCGGUCGGCACCACCACGAAGCACGCAACCGCUCCCGCCGGAUCCUCGUCGUUGGCGGCGGCGAGGCGCCGGACCAGGCGCCGCCCGUGGUUUACCGGCGGCCAGCGCGACGCCAAACGAGGGACGGUUCCGGUCGGAAGCACCGGGGCCCGAACGCCCACGACCCCCGUGCUGGCGGUGCUGGUGGAUCCUUCCGUGGUUCCGCGGCUCGAUGCCGCCACCGUCGGGUCCUUUGUCACGGUCAUCGGAACCUUUUUUCCCGCGGGACGAGAAGGACAAGGACCACUGCGGGACGGCGUCUACAAGCUCGAGGCCCGGACGGUCCACGUCGUUUCAUCGCAAGCGACGACCGACAUGGUCCUCUACGAAACGGCGCUCAAGAGGCGGCGUGCCGCCAUGUACCGGAGGCACUGCGCCGGUGCCAGGGGCCACCCAAGUUCCUCGGCUGCCGAUGCCGAUGCCACCGACGCGGCCCGGAACGAUCCGCCGGAGCUGCUCCAGGGCUGCGGUCCCCCGCCGUACGAUGCCCUUGGCUCCCCCCGGUGACAGCACUGCGAACGAAACGCGCCGAACCAACGAAGCAAGAUCCGCUCGGCCAUGUGAUGCGGCAUGGCCCUUGCAGCGGUUCGAUUCGAUUCGAUUCGUGGCAUGGCCCUUGCAGCGGUCGGGCAUGGCCAUCCGAGGAGAUUGGAGAGCCCGGGUGGGGUGUCCCCUGCGGUGUCUCCGCGAGCACUUGCUGGCACGGCACCACACCAGAACCUUGGGUGGAACGAGUACCGCAGGCUCGGCGAUGCCAAAGCCACGGGAACGACUAGAACCCUGCGAGCUCCCGUGCGCUAUGGAAUGGACCAGGGAGUACGAGUACCUUCCGGUCCCGAAUCGCCUCGCCCCGGCGCGUCGCAAACUAGCGAGAAAGCCAAAACCCCGGCGGGGCAAGGCCGCGAAAAGGGACCGGACGGACGGGUCCUGGCACGUGCCAGCAAUCAGGGAAGGACAUGGCAAGCAAGCAAGAACGGCGACGACAACAAAAACAAAAACACCACCACCACCACCAGCAGCAGUAGUUGUACUAGCCCUAUUAGGGUGAAACGAGAAGUAGCAAGAUCUCUUUAUCGACACUAGUAGUAUUAGCAAUCAUAAUGAUAGUUGUAGUGUCGUACUAGUGGAUGGAGACGGGAUGGUUGGUAGUUACAGGAGACUUUCCUUUCUUGGCGGUACCGUGCAGGGACAACAGCUAUCCUGUGAUCCUGUCGAUCUAUGAGUACGAAUACCAUUGCGAACCGUUGAAGAUUUUCAAGUGAUCUUCAAUUCAAUCGACGAAGGACUACGAGUAUCCGUAGUUACUAAUGUACUGUAUGUACUGUAAUGCUCUACAGUACUUCUACUAUUAAACGGCAUUUGUCGUA